AUGGAAUCGGAGGAUUUCGACCAAGGAGACACGACACUUUGCUCAAUGGAGGAUUCCUCAGUGAUGGAUUUCACUCCAUUGUUCUCGCACGAUUCUUCGGUGGACUUUGGCAAGGCAAACUUCAAAGCGGCAUACCCUUCAAGCAUUUUCGACUCAUUUGAUAUGGAUAAGGACCAAUGCACUCUACUCGUACAAGCCAGUGCACGUAUCAGUGAGAUUUUACGUGAAAAUCGCCGACGGCUUGACUCGGGAGAAGAUCUAUGCAUUUCGCGCAGGGAAGCUCGUCGUAAACGUGCCCAAGAGAUAUCUGCCGCCCGAAAAACACGACACUGUCUACUUUGA